UCCGAGUGUGGGAGUGGGACAAAACUCGAGUCCGGUGGGAGGUGCCGCGCCUGGGACGCCCGGAGAGAGCGCUGCUGCUGCCCGCCCGCGUCCCACUUCUCCCCUCGCGGCUCCCCACUGCCCCUUGGCCAGAUCUAGCCAUGAGCUACCCAGGCUACCCCCCGCCCGCAGGUGGCUACCCACCAGCUGCACCAGGUGGCGGUGCCUGGGGAGGUGCUGGCUACCCGCCACCCACCAUGCCUCCCAUCGGGCUGGAUAAUGUGGCCAACUACGCAGGGCAGUUCAACCAGGACUACCUCUCAGGAGUGGCAGCCAACAUGUCCGGGACGUUUGGAGGAGCCAACGUGCCAAACCUGUACCCAGGGGCCCCUGGGGCUGGUUACCCUCCAGUUCCCCCGGGGAGUUUUGGGCAGCCCCCUCCCGCCCAGCAGCCUGUUCCUUCGUAUGGAAUGUACCCGCCCCCUGGAGGAAACCCACCCUCUGGGAUGCCUUCAUAUCCGCCAUACCCAGGGGCCCCUGUGCCAGGCCAGCCCAUGUUGCCCCCUGGGCAGCAGCCCCCGGGGGCCUACCCUGGACAGCCGCCCAUGACCUACCCUGGACAGUCACCAAUGCCACCUCCUGGGCAGCAGCCGGUGCCAAGCUAUCCAGGGUACUCAGGUUCUGGGACUGUCACCCCUGCCGUGUCCCCAGCCCAGUUUGGAAACCGAGGCACCAUCACAGAUGCAUCUGGCUUUGACCCCCUGCGAGAUGCUGAGGUCCUGCGGAAGGCCAUGAAGGGCUUUGGGACUGAUGAGCAAGCCAUCAUUGACUGCCUGGGUAGUCGCUCCAACAAGCAACGGCAGCAGAUCCUCCUGUCCUUCAAGACAGCAUAUGGGAAGGAUUUGAUCAAAGAUCUGAAAUCUGAACUGUCAGGAAACUUUGAGAAGACAAUCUUGGCCUUGAUGAAGACGCCUGUCCUCUUUGAUGCUUAUGAGAUAAAGGAAGCUAUCAAGGGGGCGGGCACUGAUGAAGCCUGCCUGAUUGAGAUCCUCGCCUCCCGCAGCAAUGAGCACAUCCGGGAACUGAACAGACUCUACAAGACAGAAUUCAAAAAGACUCUGGAGGAGGCCAUUCGGAGCGACACGUCAGGGCACUUCCAGCGGCUCCUCAUCUCUCUCUCUCAGGGGAACCGGGAUGAAAGCACGAACGUGGACAUGACUCUCGUCCAGAGAGAUGUGCAGGAGCUCUAUGCAGCUGGGGAGAACCGCCUGGGAACAGAUGAAUCCAAGUUCAAUGCAAUUCUGUGCUCCCGGAGCCGGACCCACCUGGUGGCAGUUUUUAAUGAGUAUCAGAGAAUGACAGGACGUGACAUUGAGAAGAGCAUCUGCCGAGAGAUGUCCGGGGACCUGGAGCAGGGCAUGCUGGCUGUGGUGAAAUGUCUUAAGAAUACCCCAGCCUUCUUUGCUGAGAGGCUCAACAAGGCCAUGAGGGGAGCAGGAACCAAAGACAGGACCCUGAUCCGCAUCAUGGUGUCUCGCAGCGAGAUCGACCUCCUGGACAUCAGAGCGGAGUAUAAGCGGCUGUAUGGCAAGUCGCUGUACCACGAUAUCACGGGAGACACUUCAGGGGAUUACCGGAAGAUCCUGCUGAAGAUCUGUGGUGGCAACGACUGAGCAGUGGCUGGUGGGUCACUUCUCUCCACCUGCUGGCAACAGCAGUGCCAGGAAAAGGCCAAAAGGACAUUUGUCUGUUUCUAACAAAUCUACAAAACCGCCCCCAGGUGUCACCAUUCAGACCAGCCGUAGAGCCGUGUUUCCAGCUCCUCCCCCACCCUCUUGAUCCGUGCACUGUGCUUGUGCUGAACCUCGUCAGUCUCUCAGGACGCCUCCUGCCCAUCCCCACCCCUCACAGCAUCUUGCAGCUAAAGUAGAUGUUUUGUUUCCUCACUCAUGCAGUCAUUCCCCUUUGCUUAUGGCUGAAACUCUUGGCUUCCUUUUAGUCAUGUAAUUUCGUAUGUUUAGAAGGUUUUUUUUUUUUUUUAAUAUAUAGUUGCAGACAGUUGCAUACACAUCUUUGCUGCAUACAAAGUUUGGGUGAAAGAGGUGGGGGUUGGAGUACCUUGUCUUCACUGAGGAGUAAAAGGGAAAACCCUUAAGGUUACACAAUCUGCAUCUGGUGAAAAUGUGUCAAGAGCUUUGUUAUUGCCAAACUCACUCCUUUUUAGAAAAGAAAAGGCCAGAAAGUCAUCUCCUCUGUCUUCCACACAAACCACAAGAACAAAGCCAGCUCCCUGCCAGUGACAGGGCUUCUUAUAAUUGAGAAUGUGCCUUAAACAUGAAUGUCGAUGGCCAAAUGCUGUUUCCAAAUUAAAGUCACCCAGCUCUGGAAUGUUCUGGAA